UUGGCCGCUGCAUGCUGGGAAUUGUAGUUUUUAGACCUGGGCGACUAGCGCCUCCUUGACGUCGCGACUAGGGCCAGUAUUUGAGGUAGACGAUUCUCUGCAGAGGGAAGCCCGUCGUAGACAUGAAAAUAGAGGCCAGCAGCCGCUGUUGAAUUGGAAACAUGUCCAAGAAAAGGGGCAGGAAACGCAGCAGCGGGGAGCUGAGUGACACACUCACCCUCGACCCCAACAACCUGCUGGGGAAGAGGAUACAGCACAGCUGGAGGGAGAAGGGAGCUCUCACUAAAUGGAAGGGCACGGUUCUGGACCGGCUCAGUGUGAACUCCUCGCUGUACAUGGUGAAAUACGACGGUUUUGACUGCGUCUACGGCAUCGAGCUGUUCAAAGACGAGAGGGUGUCCAACCUGCAGGUUCUCACAGAGAAAGUGGUAAACAACAAGAUCAAGGUACCGCACGAUGCUGAGGAGCUGGUGGGGAAAGCAGUGGAGCAUCUAUUUGAGAAAGAGGAUGGGGAGAAGAAUGAGUGGAGAGGGAUGGUGCUCUCUCGUGCCCCCAUCAUGACUAACUGGUAUUAUAUCACGUAUGAGAAAGACCCAGUGCUGUACAUGUACCAGCUGUGGGACGACUACAAGGAUGGCGAUCUUCGCAUUUUACCUGAAGCAGAAAACAAGCACCUGCUGCCUGCUGACCGGAAGCCCGGCGAGGAGACGGAGAGCCUCGUGGGAAAGCAGGUGGAAUACGUUACUGACAAAGGAGUGAAGAGAACCGGGCUAGUCAUCUACCAAGUCCCCGCCAAGCCCUCCGUCUACUACAUCAAAUACGACGACGAUUUCCACAUUCACGUCUACGACCUGGUCAAGACGACCUAAAGCGAAGGAGAACGUGGAAAAACAAAACAAACAAACUCGCCGUCACCUCCCCCAUAGCUUAUGUCGUCACUUCUCGUUGUGCUGUCUCCACCUUGAGUUGCUGUGGAGGGGUGCAGCCGUGUGAGUGUCUGUGGUUUGUUAAUUCACGUAUAUCACAUCCGUGGAUGUCACACCAUCGACGUAAGCUUUAGAGAAUGAAGCUUCGUUUCCCAAUCAGGAACGGCUGAAAGGCGGUCGCGGUUGCGUGGGGAUUAUUAGCUCCAGACGCACAGUUCUGGACUUUAGUGUUCUGGUCGUGGUGGAGUUGAAUUUGGCCUUUUUUUUUUUAGCUGUUCCUGAUUGGGGGUCUAGCAGUUUGAAAAGUGGAAGCAGGUGGGUGUUCCCAGAUGUACACAGUGUGUUGAUUUAACGUGUACUAUUUAUACUUAAGGUGAAAAUAUCAUAAAAGCUGUUUGAUAAACGUGGACUAAUUGGGAGCCGAAUAUUGCAAACCUUACAAACCUUUUUAGUAGAUUUCCACUUGCAGAGAGUUGGCUUUGUGCCAGUCGAAUUCUGUGAUCCCCAGCCUUUAUAUUGUGUAGCCAAAUAUUCCGUAAGUAAAUGGCGCUACGUUAAAAGAUUUUAAGAGUUAGAAUUUCAAUACAAAUUAAAUUCAAAACUAUUUAUUAACUUAAUCAGCUCAAUUUUUUCAGAUUCCUCUAGUUCAGAUCAGUCAGUUUUGUCAAAAUUGACAUUUAAACACAAUUACUAGUGAUGAACCAAAAUGAAAAUCUUUGGCACAAAAGCAGAACUGAACAAAUUUAUAACAAUUUGCUGAAUACUGAACUUAUUUUAUUUGCAUUAUUUUAAAUAAAUAGGUAUGUAGGCAUGUAUUUUAAAAGAAAAAGCAAUUACAAAACUACAAUUUAAAAAUAUUUAUUGAGCACUUAAAAAUGUUGAAUAUCCCAGCAGACAUACCAACAAAGUACAAUACAUUGUUUCUAUUAUUACAUAUGUUUUACAGUGGUGGCCCCCACAAAUACAAAACCCUGCAGAGAUUUUUUUUUUAUUUGAAACAAUGGAUGCAAACACUGCAGCCAGCCUUUGCUGCAUUGGAGCGGUUUAGCCACAAUUGCUAACAGUGAGUUUAAAACAAGGAUGCUAAUACUCAUUAACAGACACAGCAGCUAUGAGCUAGUCUGUAUGAGCCAGCCUUGGCUGAGCUGUAGCGGGAUUUUAUUGGAUUUGCUUUCUGAGCUGGAUUACUGAGUUGAUGGCAGACUGAAGUCUGUGGCUGGAGACCCUGUGGCUAUAUGGAGCCCCUCCUGUCUGUUGAAAUCUUUAAACUCUCUAUAGUUUCUUUUUAGCUCUGUUUUGUGUCUUUGAAUCUGGUGAAGUGCCACUGCUGCUUAAAGAAAUUCUAGAGGAAACACUGCAAUGACCUAAAAUAAUUCAAAGUCAUCGUUCGGUACAAAUGAUUGGCCUUUAAUUUAUUUUCAGUCCCCAAAUAUUUGGUGCAUUCUUGACAAUUGCGAUAAUAAAUAAAUGUAGCUUUGUUUGCAGUCCGGCACUGAAUGCUCAGAGCAAUACGGCUAGACGUAGGGAUGGGCUACAUUGUAAAAAAUGUGAAUUACGAUAUUUAAAGACAUUUUCACAACACAUUCAAUUUACUGCAAUAUUUUAACAAGGAGGCCAAAAUGCACUAGUAGCGUCAGAUUCUAUUAAAGCAAUGUGUAGAAUAUGCAUAUGGUGUCACCCAAAGCUUUUCUCAAAACAAUGUGUAGCAUCAGUGAAGGGUUCUGGAAUUCUGGAAUAGAGUUCAUCUGUUCACCUUUUGCACAUUAUUAUUAUUAUUAUUAUUAUUAUUAUUUGAUUGUGAAUAACAGGACGCAAAUUCAGCACACAAAAAAAGCAUUAGCUCAUUAGCAUAGUUUUUAGUGCUUUUGUGUCAAACAUGCAUUAAAACAAAGCUCUUCUGUGAAAAGAAUAAAACUCAAAUUCUCCAGCUUGUCCAAUAGAAAUUUUGUGAAAAUUGUGAAGGUUGAUUCAGAUCGAGUCUAUCCAGCAGGCUGGAUAAAGCGUAUAUAUAUAUGUAAAUGUAAAAUUUGAAUCUAAAUUUAAUUUUAAAUCCCCUUCCAUGUCUUAAAUCAAAGCUGUGUGUUUGUACACACAGUUUAAUCUGCAAUAUCUGCAGAUUUUGAAGGCACUAUAAGUGAGCUGCACAAAAGAUAUCUGAACCUGAAUCUGAAUUUUAGCCAAAGGAACUGAAUCAGUAGAACAACGGAACCUGUUCAGAUCAGCACUGUGGGCCAGUCGGUUUUCUCUGAGCCGUGCCGUUUGGAAAGUCUGAUCUGACAACAGUGUGAAAAAGUGGAAGCAGGUCACUGUAUGCUGUGUAUCACUUUUCAAAUCCUGCUAGAGUUCAGGUUACUCCUCAAAUUUGAUAAUCGUUGCAUUUGGUGUAGCUGCACGGAUUGUAGCUUGUGUCCAUCAGACUCGUUAUCAUUCUAUGAUUUAAGCAUUUUAGAAUGACUUAAUGUUGAUUUUCAGUCAUUUCUCUAGCAGAGGACUGAGAAACCUAUAGUUCUACUAUUGCGAUACUCAUAAAUGCAAUUGCAAUGUAUAUCUUAAAAAAAAAAUCUUUAAUUUAUUUGUAAUUCACAGCUUUAGGCCUCAGCAUACUUCUUGCAGGGAUGGCGGUCGAUUCAUGUGAUGUAGUUCAGAGGAAAACAAACAACUGCAGACGCUGUAAAUACAAAACUUGUUUGCAGUAUCAUGUGCAUAGAACAUGAAAGCUGCUCGAAUUCCAGGAAUGAACACAUCACUCAACACCACCUGUGAUUGGUUGUUAAAAAACGGUUUGAGUCAGUCGUAGAGUGUUUGUAAGUUUGUAAGCUUAUGUAAAACAAGGUCACACAAGAAGUAUGCAGAGGCCUUUAAGGUAUCCGGGUGGAAUUCAUCCUUCUGAAGUUCGGUUCUGCAUUACAUUCAUCAGUCUUCAUCAGAUUCGUCCGUAUAAAUGUUCUUCAUAAAGCUGUGCACAGAGAAUCGUGACGUCCAUACCGUGACAGCUCGGUAUGCAUGUGCAUUACACCAUUACACCCCUACAAAAUUUGAUAAGUUCCCCAAAAUUAUAAAUACACAACUGAUACAAUAUUCAGCCCUAAUACGUAUCCAGGUAUUUUCCUCACCUUUAAUAGCCCUGUGUUAUUGCACGCAAUUCCAAACAGAUGGCGUUCAUCAGGCGUUAGACCGUUCACAGAAUGUGCUCCUUUUCAAAACCGAAUGGUUAAACCAUCUCACCAUGGCGUAACCAUCUCUGUACUUAAAUGUAAUUUUAUGUUGUAAAUAAUGCAGAUAUGCUUGAAAUUAUUGUUUGUGUUUAUUUGUUUGGCCUGUUUAUGCUCAUAGCAAUCGCACUUUAUAUUAGCCCUAGUAAGCCUCAUUCCUCAGGUUGUAGAGGAACUGAGAUCUGAAAUUAAAUUCAGACUGUUGGGGGGGGAGGGGGGGGGCGGGAAAAGAGCGAUCUAAACGAAACUGAAAGGUACAAACAGGUUGCUGGAGAGGCAAUUUGUUUGGAUUUUGAAUGAGCUUAACCCUCUGGCCUCUGCAAACACGCCAGCAUAUUUAAAUUUUCUGUUAAUAUCUUUUCAAUAAUACAGCACAGACAUUCAGAUAUUUUAGACAUCCCCUUUAAUUGCAGUGCAUUUUGAGAUUGCACAGAACUUUUACCUGGAGUUACAAGAAAAGGUGUUACAAGAAAAUAUCUGUUGCUGAUACUGUAUCGAAAAAAACUAAACAAAAAAAAAACACACACAGUCAGACAGUGGUUCAUUUUGUGUUGUGUUUAAACACCAGUUUUCAGAUCCCACUGUUCAAAUUGGAUAAAAAGUAAACUUUAUUUUUAAUUUCGCUUUUCUACAGCUUUGGGAAAAAAUAAACAAAUUAAAAAUUAUGUUUCUUUGAUUUUACCAAAUUAAAAACCGGUGGAAUAUAAUCAAGAGGAAGAUGGAUGAUCACAAGCCACCAAACCAAGCUGAACUGCUUGAAUUUUGGCACCAGGAGUGGCAUAAAGUUAUCCAAAAGCAGUGUGUAAGACUGGUGGAGGAGAAAAUGCCAAGAUGCAUGAAAACUGUGAUAAAAAAAAAACAGGGUUAUUCCACCAUGAAUAUGAACUUGUUUUUUUUGCAUUAUUUGAGGCCUGAAAGCUCUGCACCUUUUUUAUUACUUUAGACUCUAAUUAACAAUAUUUUUUUCCAGAGCUGUAUUUUCAGUAGUUUUUUUGUUUCUUUAUACUAUGACAUUUGUUUUCUAAAAUUUGACAAUAUAACAAUCGAAAUAUAUCAUCUUGCUUAGAGUAUCACAAUAUAUUUUGAAAUAUAUUGUGAUAUCUUGAAUCGUAAGCCCUGCAUUGGGAUACGUAUCGUAUCGCCAAGUUCUUGCUCAUAUAUAGAUAGAUCGUCCUUGUUACAAGGCUGUAAAAUAGGUUUAAAUUUCCAUCACAUCCCAGUGCCUUAUUUAUUGAUUCACAAAAGAAGAAAAUUCAAUUGAAAGCCUGCAUUCCUCAAUUAUACAGCAAAGUAAGUCCUUAGUCCAUUUCCCGAUUUUCCAUUGGUUAGUUUUACUUAAACAUAGUCGUAGUCGGACACGCAAAUUUACUGAUUUACUGAUCAGUUUCUCAACUGUGCUGUAUUAUUGCAAUAAAAAACAUUGUGUUAUUGACAUUGAAACAUUAAAACAUUGAGUUUGACAUGCCAGCAUGUUGUUGACUACAGAAGGUCUUACCCUUGAGUUCUGAGAGCUUUAGAUUUUCCACUGUUUUUGUCACGGCUGAAGCAACAAAAACCUUGUAAAUUAGUUUUAAAAAGUGCUUGGAGGUUUAAUCAGAUUUUAGUUAUGCAAAGGUUAUGUGUUCUUACCAAAAAUAUCUUAAACUUUGAAAUGAUUUGAUUAGUUUUAAUGCUGAUAAAUUACAAGCACAGGACUUUUAUCACAUGCAUAAAUCUGAUCGCACUUAAAGUUUUGUUCACCCGGUCUCUGCAUUACGUUAGUGCCAAUGUGCUAGAGAGAGGGAAUUGUGAUGGUCUUUGUUGGUUGUACAGAAUUCCAAUAAAUGCACAUUUUGCUGAAUUGGUGUUGGUUUAUAAACAGAUAAUUUCACUGACACUCUUAAAAAGAAAUUAAAUAAAGGUGCUUUAAAGGGUUAUUUGAGUGGAUCCCAUAGAAGAAAUUGUAAUGGUGCUUUUCCACUGCAUGGUAUCUACACACGACUCCACUCUACUCAACUCUGCUGACAUUUUUUAUUUAUUCCAUGAACACCAUACCAAAGUUUGGGCUGCUGGGCUGCAGUUGAGUUAGGGCGGGUCCUUGUUGGACUUGUGGUUCUUUACAGACUCCUUCUUAGUAGCCUAUUGGUCACCCAUGUGGAACAGUCUUAAUAGGCUUAACUUCUGUGAAUGUUUCUUUCAUCCCAGAAAUAAUUUAUACACAUUUUUUUAAGAAAAUGAAUUUUGUUCUGCAUGCUUUGUUUUCUUUGCCCAUUUUUUUCCACAAUUGUUUUCUUUUCAUCUUUACGCUUUACAAGCACAGAGAAUUGGGCAUAAUCAAGAGCCAUGAUGCAUUCAUCAGUUGUGUACUUCAAAUCCCUCCAGCAACAUUUCCAAGAUGUACAUGAAUAUAUGGUGUAUUUGGUACUUCAUUUUGGACGUAGCAGCCAAGAAAUGCAGCACAAUUUGGUUACAAGCUACGCUUUGAAACAUAGCUCUAGUAUCCCUGUGUUCACACUUUACAAAUUGAUCCUGUAUAUAUGCGAAGAUGCAUUUCAUAAACCGCAAUAUUGAGAAUAGAAACUUAAUUUUAGACUUGAGAACUCAUUGUCUAUGAAUUUUAAAUGUAUUAUUUAUUUCUUUUAGAAUUUUGAUCCCAUUUUUUCCCAGUGUAUGCGGCCAAAUGCCCAACCCACUCAUUAGGACUCCCCCUAUCACUAGUAAUGCCUCAACCCCAGGAGGGUGAAGACUAGCACAUGCCUCCUCGAUACAUGUAAGGUCAGCCAGGGCCUUUGUUUAAACUGCUGCUGAUGCUGAGUAGCAUCACAGCGCACUCGGAGGAAAGCGCAGCGACUCGGUUCCGAUACAUCAGCUCACAGACGCAGCCUUGUGCUGAACGACAUCACCAGUUUGGAGCCCUCUCAGGGCUCUGGUAGAUGAUGGCAAGCUACAUGAACAGGAUUCGAACCAGCGAUCUCCUGAUCAUAUGUAACUUAGUUUCAUUAACUGUGUUUGAUUGGAUAGGUUGGCGAGUCUGACCAGUCAGAGAUCUGCAAUGUUGAUUUACACGUCUUGUUGUAGUCCCUACUCUGCUUGCUUGGGACUACAAGCGAGUAGGUACUAAAAAAGGUGUUCAAAUAUAUUUAUUUAAUAUGUUUAAAGGAGGAGUGAAAAAUAGUUGAGUUGAGUAGUGUAGAUAUCAUGACAUGGAAAAAUACCAUCAUAAGAGUGUAUUAUGUGUGAGUUACCACCAAAAUUGGUUCUUCUAUAGCACUGCUCAAGGAACCCUAUUUAAGCACCCUUAUUUUUAAAGAGUAUAGGCUUUACAUUUAUCCCAAUAUGCUGUGUAUAUAUAUGUUCUCAACUCAUUCAGCCCAACAAAAUGAAGUCCACCUGCCCCUGCUGUACACUUUCAGCUCCCGUGGACGUGGAUCGAGCUUUCGUUCGCUUUUCUCCUUCACCGCUCUCUGUAGUAUUCACAGUUAAUUCCAUAUGAGUGGAAAGAUCUAUGUAUUUACUUGCACUCAUUGAAAACAUACCCUCAUAAAUAUCUGUACUAUACUUUAUUUCUCAUCUUGAGAGUUGUGUCCCCCUCUAUACUGAAGGACGGUGGAGUGGGAAGCUGUUGAUCUCAAGCUUUGAAAUGUUUAAUUAAAGCGAAUAUUAACGAUGGACAUGCUGCAUUAUCCCUUUCUUUCUCUGUUGCUAAUGUGAAUAGAUAAUUCUCUUUCAGGCUCCUCUGUAAAUGUGGUUUAUUGUGCGGUCUGCAAGCUUCCGGUACUUUUCCACCUCCCCACAGUUCCCUCUUUAUUCUGUGUCCCUGUUACUUUGCUGCUUCUUUUUUUUUUCUUUUGCCAAAGUUAACUUUUCAGUAGGCGACGUUAAGGAGUGUAUAAACUGUUCAUGUUGUCUGUUUGUGUAACGAUGCUAUCAUAAAUAAUAAAAGAGAUAUUUUUUGCACUUAA